AUGUCCGAGACACGAUAUGCCCCGGUGGUUUGUCUUUGCCAAGCGUUCGGAUGCAAGCAACAGCGAUUCCGGGACAGAGAAGGCAACUGGCAACCCGGCGCAGUAAUUGCUCAGUCCACUCGAGCCAAGCACCUUGAAGCCGACAACCUCUUUGCCGCACGAUAUGGAGGAGACCAAGAUUCUGAAGAUGAACUCGACUUGGACAAGGACAAAAACGACGACAGUGACCAGAGAUCUGACCGCUCGGAUGAACGCCGUUCUAACCAAAGCCACAACGUGUCCGAGCUAGACCUUCAAGAAAUUGGCAUCUCAUCCAGUAGUCCCAGCCCCGAAAUCACAGGCGACUCACCGCGAAUCCCAGAUUUAAACAUCCUUGACUGCCGGCGGUACUACAAGUUCAGCCUCAGGCAUGCCGACCCGUCAGUCCUGCAUCUUUCACUCCUCGCGGGCAUGUUAGCCAUUUUCGAUCACUCGUCCUACGCUACGUCGGGCUGGAUUUUGAAGUGCGGCCAAGAUCUUCUUAGGCUUACCGCUUCUUGUGGACUCGGCCAACCUCGAAAAAAGGACGAAUCCCUCCAUUUCCGUCAAAAAGACACCCUCAAAACCCUCCCUGUUGAUAUCCGAACCGUCUUUGACUGGAUGCAGAUUGAUCCGAUCCUAGUCACGGUCGUCUGCUGUCCAGUGUGUUUUGCCAUGUACCCCAAGCCCGACAUCCCCAAGAAAAAAGCCUCCAAGGCCCCACAGAUCCCACCUGCUCCGAUUGGCCCCACGCAAUGCAUUAGUUCGGCGUUUGCUAAUGACAAGGAUGAUACAACGGAAGAUGAUGAUCCUGGCGUGUCAGAUCCAGAUGAAAAUCCGAGCCCGAAGCGCCCCCCACAGUCAGAACUGAACGAUAUGAACAAAGAUCGCCGAAACCCAAAUCUUGCCAUGCCUCCUCCAAGCCCAACUCAAAUGGAAGACGAAGGCACCCCCUUUCUAAACAUCAAUUUCCCUACCACCGAUAGCGACAAUUCAUUCAAUCCCGACCUCACCGCCGAAGGCUGGGACACAGGCGAGCUCGAAAUCACUUUCCUCACUAACUUUUGCCGCAUCGGCAACUUGAAGACGUUACUUUCUGCGCCAGAAAAGCUCCCGGAUAAUAUAAAGCCUCUGAUCCCUCAAUUGGAAGCUUAUUAUGAUCCGAUCCCGGACCCUCUCAAACCUCAACUUAUGCCUAAAAGCCGCGAAGGUUUUCUUGACUCGGAAACGCUAGACAUUCUAACCAAGCGACUAAACGAGCUGUAUCCAUGCCCCUCUGGUACGACUUGGAUUACAUCCAAAGAGUGGUCGAAGAAGCGCAAAUCUGAAGCAGGAAGGUUCCUCUCCGUUACUUCUGGGAUAGAAAAUCUGUCGGAUUGCUUAAUCAACGGCGUGAUAUUCUCCACCUCUCGAGAGAAUCCGAGCAACAGUGUGGUUGCCCUUCGAGCCGGUUGUGCGCCUCAGUACGGAAUCAUCGAAAAAAUCUUUCAGCAUCGCCGAACCUUAAAGGAUGGUACCAGCACUUCCGACACAUGGCUGGUAAUCCAACCUCUCUUACCUUGUAAAUUUUCCAGCCCGUUUGCAGGGAUAUCAAAGUUUGAUCUACAAGUUGAGCUCAGGAGUGUUCAUACUGAAACACUGUAUGUGAAUCACACCCGGGAGAUCCUUGCACACUGUGCAUGGAUCAAGUAUAAAGGUUCUGAAAUUUCGCCCCUCAUCAAGAAUGAACACAUUGCACUAGUCUCACUGGAUCGAUAA